AUGAAGGCUACACUGGCUCUUUGCGCCGUGGCAUUCCUGUCAUGGACUUUGGCCGCUCCCGUCGUGUUAAUGGCUCUUGGUGGUGUGCAAAAUCAACACGAUGUGGUUUUAAAACCGACGGUGCCGCCACUCAUCCUGUCGACCCAGUCGCAAUUGCGGAUCCCCUCGAAGAUGACGAUCGAACAAGCCGACUUGAAGGAUAUUGUCGCCGGUCGCCCUAAUAAUCGACCUUACGCGCCUUCGGACAACAUCACUCCGUCAGAAGCACUCGCAGCCCCACGGCCAUUAAUAUCAUCUUACCUGUUGUCCCUGGCGUCCAAACUUCAUAAACAAGCCCAAGUGUCCCACGCCAGUGUGCGCCAGGAUUCCAGCAUUGUGAGAGAAGAGACCGGGUCCACUAUGAAGUUGAAGCUUCCUACCAUUGUCGAGUUGGAGACCGAGGGGUCGAAGCCAUUCUUUUCUCGCACACUCUGUCAUAUGCACAAGGGUCCGGCGCAUUACCACGACGUGAGAAAAUACGCAGACAUGGUCAUCGUUGUCAUGGUUCUCGCAUUUGUAGCGGGCGUGGUCUUACUUGAAAUGUGGACCCCAAUCCAGCGCAGACUUUGUGCGCUCCACACCGGAGAAGGCGCUAUUCGCCUGGAGGAUGGCGAACAAUUCCAAUACCCACAAACUCACCCAUUCGUUCCGCAACCUGUGUCGAAACCAGUGUCGAAACCAUGUCCCACACAUAGCCAGUGA